UCUUUCUUUAGAGAAGAUACGUUAAAUUUGCUGUGACCGAUCACUGUGACCCACAUAAAUAUUUUAUAUAUAAACGCGAUAUUAGCAUGAAUUGGAACAGCUGAUUGGAAAGCCUGAAACAGCCAAAAAAAAAGCCGAUUAUGCCGGAACGCCAUUUAAUUAAGUUGUGUCCCCACAUGUAAACAAAUCAUUCACAAAAAUAAUGGUGCGUGUUAAAAAUAGAUACAUCGUAGUACGGAUUGCUCCAAAGAACACAAGCCUUAGCUCGCUCUACGUAAAGGAACAGGUUCUUGCCAAGUGUAUAUUGAACCAUGUAGAGAAGUAUUAUGGUGUGUAUGGUGUCGGUCUGCUGGAACAUGGCUUUCGUGUUAAAUAUUGUAAUGACAGAACCAAAAUAGCAAUAUUGCGGUGUUCUCAUCAUUCCUAUAAAUUUGUUACGAGUAUAUUGCCGCUAAUGACAAGUGUUGGCGAUGUCCCAGCUAAAUUUAAUACCAUCUAUACAGGAGCUACUAUAAUGCAAUGUAAUAAAUUUAUUAUAAAACAUCAGCAAAACUUUUUGGAUCGCAUGGUUGGGCAGGUAGUUUCAGCUAAAGAGAGACAGGAAAUGAUCAAGCGUGUCAUAGAGUUCGAUACAAGUUAAAAAAGAAAACAAUUAUGAGUAUGCAUAAUAUGUGUCGAUAUAUCUUAUCUUAGCAUGUCCUUUUAUUUAAAAUAUAUGUGUAGGUACUUAGAAAUAAAAUUUUCUAUUCUAAAAAUAUAAUAUAUAAUUUGGUAUAAUA